AUGUACCAGUACUUGAAAUGUGGCCGUGGAAGGAGAGAAAACAAUUCUAGGGAUCCAGAGAUCGCAAAACGUCCGAACACAAAAGGCAAGGCAUGUGGUUGUCGGUUUACGAUUAACUGUGAACAACUACGAGUAGAAGAAAAUAAUUGGGUUAUUGAGUUGCUUCAUGAUCGUGGCACACAUAACCACGAACUGAUUGUGUACCCGGAGGGUCACCGCGGUGUCAGCGGUCUGAGUGAAGGCGCGAAGGAAGUUAUUCGUGAGAUGAAAGAUGCACAAGCUAAGCCAAAACACAUUAUGGUGGCCAUUAAGAACAAGUAUCCAGAUGACCAUCCCAACAUGAGGCACAUUUACAACUUCAAAGAUAAGAUCAGGCGAGAAGGUUCAGAAGGAAGAAACGUAGCUAAGCAGAUGUUGCAUCUAGCGAGAGAGCACAACUACAUAAACUGGGUCUCAUGUAGUGACCGUACGAGAAAAGUCAUAAACCGCGCAUUCUUAGCUCACCCUGCAAUGGUGGAGGUGUUACGCACAUAUCCACUUGUUAUUGGUCUGGAUUCGACGUACAAGACAAAUAGAUAUGGAUUUCCAUUCUUGGAGAUUGUUGGCGUGACACCAACGAAUCAGAAUUUCCUCAUCGCCUACGCAUUUAUGAAGGACGAGACAGCAAUGAGCUACCGUUGGGUGUUACAGAAGUUGAAGUUGCUCCUCAGGGAGGCCAUCAUUCCCACGGCUAUCCUUACGGAUAAAGAGGGUGGUCUUAUGAGACCGGUCGCUGAGGUAUUCCCACAUUCUCGACAUUUGCUAUGUACUUGGCAUAUCAACCAUGACGUGGAGGCCCGUGUAUCAUUUUUGUGCAACAAGAACAAGGAUGCUGGUGCGGCGUUCAAGAAUGGAGUAUGGAAAAGAAUCAUGGAGGCUUUGACCGAGGAAGAAUAUGAACGUGCAGUUGUAGUCAUGGAAGAUCGUUAUGGAAGAUGGCCGGCAGUCCUCGAUUAUGUGCAUAAAACGUGGCUUAAUGAUCAUCGGAAGAAAUUCGUCUUAGCUUGGACGAAUGAGGUCCUUCACUUUGGCAACAUAAGGACUUGUAGGGUUGAGAGUCAACACUCCGUCAUUAAGAGUUGGCUUGGAAGUUCUCAAGGGUCGUUGGAUACUGUUUUUAGAAAAGUGCAUGCGUCGAUCAAUAACCAAGUUACAGAGAUUAAAAAUGGUUUGGAGGGUUCGAGGCGGCGACACGGUGUUCUGUUCAAGCAUUAUCUAUACCAACACCUUAUUGGUCGUGUUUCCCACCAUGCUUUGGAACUUAUUCUGGAUGAACAUACGAGGAUGCGAAAUUUAAGUACCGAGGUGUACGAGAGGUGUGGUUGUGCUAUGUUAACGACUCAUGGACUCCCUUGUGCUUGCAACAUAUUUACGGCGCUCCAAGGUGGAGUUGGGAUAUACAUUGACCUUGUUCAUCCAUUUUGGAGGACCUUGGAGAUUGGAGAAGGGGCGGAGAUUCCAGAGGUUGUGGCGGAGUCCGCACAAGUUACUGAGCUGUUUCGAUCCCUCGUCGACGAUGUAUUAGCUAGAGAUAUUGCCGUUAUUCGAGAUAUUUCAAGGAUCGUUCACAAUGAGUUACAUCUAGAGCAUGCAGGUUAUGAGGAACCGGAGCCCAACUUAACUAGGAGAGGGAGGCCAAGGAGACAAAGAAACUCAACUACAAGGAAUCUGAGCUUGAUCGAACAUGUGCGGAAUACGGGCCCUCGUACGAUUUCUGAUCAAGGGGCUUCGUCAUCGGGAAACCCACAAUCAAGAUCUUCCCUAGGGAGUUACAUGAGCAUUGAUCUAAUUCCACCUCGUUUCAAGGAAUCCUUACCGGACUUCAUGUUGCAGUAUAUUAGAGGAUAUCGUGAUGUUAUACCUAAUGGUAACUGCGGAUUUCGAUGUGCAGCAGAGUUCUUUUUAGGUGAUCAAGAACGUUAUGGCGAGAUUCUUUCAACGGUUGUGGGAGAGAUUAAAAAGCUUGAUCAAUACAAGAGAGUUUAUCUUCCGGAAACUAUAAGUAAUGCCUCGUAUCGAAUAGAUUGGAGAGGUGGAAUGUGUGGACAAGAACAUUGGAUGAUUACUGAUCCAGAUUUAUGGCCGAUAGCCACACACUUCAAUGCGGUUGUGGUCAUCUUUGCAAUCGGUGGUGAAUCCAGUUUAAUCCCAUCCGCGACCAUUCUUCCGUUGGAAAACCGAUAUGAAGCAACUAGGACGACGAAGGAGAUUGUUUUGGCAUUUGUAAAUAAGUGUCACUACAUUCUUUUGGAUAUGGCGCCCGAUUGUCCAUUACCAUCAAUACCCCACCGUUGGAGAGCAUUAGCAGAUUAUGGCGUUCGUGAAUGGGAAUCAAGAUAUGAGACUAGGAUUCAAGCUUGGACUCGAUAUUCCGACGAGUUUAAUUUUAGGAUGGGCAGAUAUUAG